CGGCGCCAGGGAGCCAGAGAUCCGACAAUCACGCGUGGAAAGAACUCAACUAGGUCACUCUUGACCUUUUCAAACACUCGGCUUACCGGGCUCUGUUUUUUUACCAGCAACUUACAUUUCUCAGCCCCAGAAAGAAACGAUGGCCUACAGAGUAUCGUCAUCCCAAGCAGAUCUGGACUCAGGUCAGAACGCACUUACUAGCGACGCCGAGUCCUUUUUUGACUUCAUUAACGCCAGCGCCCCUAACCGACCAUCUUUUGCCGAUGCUUGGGGGCCACCAUUCGAUCCUCUUAAUUUCAACCAACUAGACCUCAACCCACAACAUUAUCAUAAUCCUCAGUUGCCUUCUUUGCCGGGCCUGCACCCUGGACAGCUCGGCUCUCCCGAUCCAGUCUACCAGCAUCAACAACAACUUCCCUCAAUCUCUGAAUACUUCAACCCGUCAACACACGGCGACAACGCCUAUCGUGAUCACGACAGAUUUGGUUGGGUGCCAGUGAGACCGGAUUCGGCAUUCUCUGGAUUGGAUCCGGCUUCUCGGCGACCAACUCCCGUUAACUACAGUCAACAUUAUUCCGUCGCCCCGCCAAGACACGAACAAUCCCGAUCGUCAUCAACCGCCGCUCAGAAUACCCACACCCAUCUGCCUCAGCCGAACAGACUUGUCCCAGAGCCAGCCGCUGACGAUUAUUAUCUAUUCACCCUAGCCAACGGCGAGUUUUCCUCGCCCUCACUACCACCCAUUAAUAGUAGCCCGCGUAUGCCUACUCGUCCACAGUCCUCGAACCUGCCGAAGCCUCUGGAGAUUGGCGAGGCAAUGCCAAUUCAGCCUCGCGACCAAAUAGUCAGCAAAAGACGCUUAGUCGAUUUGACAAAGGAGGAGCCAGAUUCUACCUCUGGGAUCGACCCCACAACACCGACCAUGCCGCCCGCUAGAAAACGUUCUCACCCAAACGACGCGCGCACAGCCGCCCCCAAGCGCCGACGAUCUUCUGCGUCUUCUCCCGCCUCCAGUCGAGUGAAUAGAACAAAACCGAAGCGAAUCAGCGAUGUAUCUCCGUUUAUUGACGACGAUCUUCCCAAUUUCCCUGCGGGCGAGGACGUUCAUGAGACGAUAGACUUAUCGAAUGCCGCCGACGUCCCAGAUGAUCUGUUAGCCGACAAAUGUGAUAAUCGGAUGAAGAUUGGCAAAUUUCAGUGCGUCAUUUGCAUGGAUGAUGCUUCCCACCUGACUGUCACGCACUGUGGUCAUCUAUUCUGCUCCGAGUGCUUGCACUCGGCUCUUCACAUCGACAACAUGAAGAAGACUUGCCCUGUCUGCCGAACGAAGGUCGAUCCGAAGGAAAAGAAGGGCAAAAACCAGAAGUCGUAUUAUCAUCUCGAGCUGAAGAUCAUGACCGCGAACAAGAAGGGAAAGCAGCCUGCUGGCUCGUCUUAAUCGCGGCAGAGGCACUGCCAUGCUGUAACUGACGUGGUGAAGACGCAGUUCAGAAACGAUGUCGACGACGACUUACGACAAACUAAAGAAUGCUCUACCGCUUGACGGCAUACCGCAACACCUUGGCCGAGGCGGAUAGAAUAGGAGAGCACAUGACAAUAGAGUUGGACUUCUUUAAUGGAGUACUUUUUGUUCAACCCAGGGAAGAAAAGGCAUUG